GCUAACAUAAAGUAGCAGAAUUUCAGUAUAUACCUACGUGUAAAGUGCAAGUAUUUAUUAGAAUAUUACCGUAACAUUAUGGGUCGGAUUGUUAAGUAUACAUUGUGGACGCUUGGUGCCAGUGGAUGCGGUUUUUACUUCGGUUAUAAACUCGGGGCAAGCUUAAAGUCAAUUAAGGUAACAAAAUACGUGAAAGUGUCUCAACCUGUGGAGGUAGAUCUAAGGGAAGUUAGUUUAUACACAACUGUGCGUGUGUUAUUCAGUCAUAUCGUCGAAAUUAAAUCGAUUCCCAGCACACAACUGCGGGAAAUGGGAAAUUUUGUUAUUAACUACGAUAAAAGUAAACGAAUUCCACAGUAUGUCGUUGAACGGAUAACUAGGGGAAGUUUACAGAAGUGUAGAUAUUUUGACAGACUGUAUAGAUUAAGAACAAGUGAAGAUGCAGAUGUUCAUAAACUUUUCAGAUCAACUAAUGCUGAUUAUGAAUCCAGCGGAUACUCUCGUGGUCAUAUUGCGCCAGCCGCAAAUCAUGUAUCUCUUGCUUAUGAUUACCUAAAUACAUUUUACUUGACAAACAUGGCGCCACAACAUUUUCAAAUAAAUUCAGGAAUAUGGAAUUUAUUGGAAACGCAUGUUCGGACACUUACUACAGAACAUAGAAAUGUUUAUGUGUGUUCAGGUCCUUUGUUUAAACCCAGUGACUACUCAAAUAACUCAAAAUUUGUUUACUAUGAAGUUAUUGGUGAAAAUCAAGUUGCGGUCCCGACGCAUUUCUUUAAAUAUAUUCGUGCGGAAACUCUUGAUGGAAAAUACAAUAUUGAGUCGUAUAUUAUACCGAAUAUCCAGAGGAACAUAGACAUUAAUUUGAAACACUUUCAGGUUAAUCCGGAUGAAAUCGAAAAAACAGCUGGAUUUUUAUUCAUGGAAGAUGAAUACAUGCACAACAACAUUUUAACUAUCAACGGAAUCAGUCAAAAUUCUUUGGUACCGCAUAGGUACCUAACAUAUUGAUAAGAUUAAUUUCCUUCAUUUAAUUAAACUUUUAAACCUAUUCAAGAUCUUAUAAAUAAUUGAAGAAAUAAGUCAGAUUGGUAAAAAUCUAAAAACUGGGUAAUAUUCCAAAAUUUCACGUCCAUUUUGAUUUUUAACUUAUUGAUGUUAAUCCUCGGAAUUCUCAAGCAUAAACUCACAGAAUGAUAUGAAUCAUAAGCAAUCAGCGCACCUUGAAGUUCACAUCACAAACCCAGUUGAAGCAUAAAGUGCGGCAGCGCGGGCGGUGAAAGCAUUCUAGAAAUCUCUGAAACUUUUCGUUGAGUUGCGCUUGUGUUUGUUUCGUGCGCAGUGAGCACGACGCGCAGAAAUCGUCGCGUCCCAGAAGCCAUAUUAUGGCAGGCUGUGCGCGUGGAUUGGUGGACGCUAUGUACUCGAACACUAUAUAACGGGCGCAUCCACGGGCAGCAAUAUCCCCGCACAGUGUCCAAAACUGAUAAUAGUAGGGGGAGAGAAAGAUGCUGUGGAGAGAUGAUGAGAUGAUGCUGCACGAGGCAGUUGCGAGUCUUUUGCUUUGCGGUGCGUUGCACGCAAAGUGGAAAGACACUCGCAAAACGCAUAUUUGUACUGCGUUUUGCUCAUAGCUUUAAAUAAACUGCAAUAGGUCAAAAUUUUACGUUGUUAAAAUUGUUUUAAAUCAUUUUAAUGGUCACUUUGCAAUGAUUAAUGCCAAAAAGUGAAUUGGUUAGGAAAUUAUAGAGAAUUUAUUUAUUUGUAGUCAAUUAUUUUAAUUAUUAACUACUGAAACUGCCAAAAAAGUCGAAAACAAAUUAAUUUUUAACAUAUCACGAUAUUUUUGUAUUUAAAAAUGAAAAUAAAUAAAAUUUUACAUAGAAA